UGAACUCACAGGCACUCAUACAGCCCGGUGCGAAGGCCGUGUGACCGCUGUCGUUCUUACCAAGUGCCUGCUUGGAGCCCCCUCACGCUGCAUCCUCUGGAUUGAACGGGGUGCCGAACAGGGGAGGUAGCAGACCAAGAUGGUGCGCGAGUGCGUUGUGACAGACUGUGGCACCCAUGCGCGCUUCAAUCACCCAGGGGAGAGCCACGGCGUCUUCUGCAGCAAGCACAAAAUGGAUGGCAUGAGGAAUGUGGUGCACAAGCCGUGCGCGGAGCCUGGAUGUGCCACACUGGCAGUGUUCAACCAGCCGGGGACGGGGCACGGCCUAUUCUGCGGCCAACACAAGCCUGCCGGCUACGUCAAUGUCAAGGACCGCAAGUGCAAUGAGGAUGGCUGCCAGCGCAUGCCCAACUUCAACUUCCCCGGGGAGAAGGGCGGCAUCUUCUGCUCCCAGCACAAGUCGGAGGGCAUGAUUGACAUCAAACACAAGCGCUGCGCGCACGAGGCCUGCAACAAGCGGCCCUCGUUCAAUUACACCGGAGAAAUGCGCGCGCUCUACUGCGGCCCCCACAAGCUCGAUGGCAUGGUCAAUGUCGACCAGGAGCGCCGUUCCUGCAACCGGGCCAAGUUCGCGGACGGGUCUGCGCCGGAGCCGAAGCGGCAGCGCUCGGGGUACACUGAGAAGACGCUCGGCUACCCCCUCAAGAACAGCGGCCUGGCCGGCAGCGAACAGGCACGCCUUCUCCUUUUUUAA